AUGCCUAAAUCGGCACUAUUGCUAUUUUCCCUCCUAAUUGUCAUUCACCUCUCCCCUUCCUCGGCCUACAAUGUGGUCUCCUUCGGGGCGAGGGGAGACGGCCGGACGGACUCGACCGCGGCCUUCCUGCGCGCGUGGAAGGCCGCGUGCAGCUCGGCCAAGCCGGCCUCGGUGUCGGUGCCGAGGGGGAAGUACUUGCUCAACUCCAUAUGGUUCGUCGGGCCGUGCCGGAGCAGAAUCGUGUUCGAGAUGAGUGGGACGAUCGUCGCUCCCGAUAACUACAACGUCAUCGGAAACUCCGAGUUUUGGAUCUUGUUUUACAAAGUCAGCCAGCUCACAGUCGUUGGGGGCACGGUUGAUGCGAAAGGCCACGCUUUCUGGUCGUGCCGGCAGCGCAACGGCCGCUGCCCCGGCGGCGCUAGAUCGAUAACGUUCCAAUGGUGCAACAACGUGGUGAUUAGUGGUCUUACAUCUCUCAACAGCCAAACGAUACACAUUGCGAUCAACCACAGCAACAACAUCAAGAUACAAAAUGUGAAGAUCACGGCACCUAGCGGCAGCCCAAACACUGACGGCAUCCACAUCCAGUCGUCGAGAGGCAUCACCGUCACCAGUAGCACAAUUGGGACCGGCGACGACUGCAUCUCCAUCGGCCCCGGAUCCAUGAACUUGUGGAUCGAGAAAAUUGGAUGUGGCCCCGGACAUGGAAUCAGCAUCGGAAGCCUAGGCAACUCCGCGAACGAAGAAGGUGUCCAAAACGUGACAGUCACGAAUUCCGUGUUCACCAAGACACAGAACGGCGUUAGGGUGAAGGCGUGGGCGAGGCCGUACGGAAGCUACGCCCGGAAUCUGGUGUUCCGAAAUCUCAUAAUGAGAAACGUGGGGAAUCCCAUCAUCAUCGAUCAGAAAUACUGCCCGGACAACAGCUGCCCUCGCGAGAGCUCGGGGCUGAGAGUGAGCCAGGUGCUGUACAGGAACAUAAAGGGGACGUCGUCAACGCAGGCCGCGAUGACGUUCGUGUGCAGCGCGAGCAAGCCGUGCUAUGGCAUCAAACUGCAGGACAUUAAGCUGACGUAUGUGAACACUUUGAGAAGGCCUACGGUUGCUUACUGUGAGCACGCGGAUGGAUACACUACUGGUUCGGUUUCACCAAGGAGCUGCUUGUAG